AUUAAACAAGAUGACGACCUGCCGGUGGGUCGAUGUUGUGAGUAGCGAUUCAUGCGCUUCGUUCGGGCGAACGGCUCUACUACGUAUGGAGCGUGCUAGCCGUAUGGCAGGUCGUAAUUCCGAAGAUAAGUUGACCUCUGACGUUGAUGACAGUGUCCUUAUCAAGGAUGACAUAGCUGCUGAUGCGUUGGCAAUUGAUGAGUCAUUCAUCGAGCGUGCUGGCCAUGCAAUGGCUAACGAUGCACGUACCGGUGUUACAAUGGAUUUGGAUCGUAAAAUGAAAAUAACAUGUAACAUUGAUGAUGCGCUCCUUGAUCGUAAAAUGGCAACUACUGAUGAUAGUGCGCUUUCCCCUGGACCUAUCGGAAAUAACAACGUUAACUUAGCAUCGUCCGGUACGCUGGGUUCAAACCCAGUUGUGUCGUUCUCUGGGUUUCUUAACCUUGAUAGUAACAUAGGAUCCAACAGCCUUUCACCACGUGAGAAGUCAUCUAGUUCCGGCAUUGACAGCAAGGGCCUAAUUCACUCUAAAAGUGACGAAACAAUGUCUAAGAGUAACGAGACUAUUAUUAAGUCAUCGCCUAGGGGCGAAAUCAUUAAGCCUGCUUCGCAUGACGGUGCUACUAUAUCAACUCCACGUGACAAGGUCAAUGAGAAACCCACUGCCAAGGACCAAUCUAAAAAAGAGCACCGCGAGAAGACACUAAAAUUACACAAGGAUGAUCGUAAUAUGCUAGCAUUCGAAGAAGAUGAUGACAAGUCACCUGAGAAUACCAAGAGGCAGCAUGUUGUUAACCAGGGUACCUCGGGGAUAUAUCUCGACGAGCAAACUCAGAAACCGUUGAACCCACCGAAGAAACCCAAUGUCCAAAGGGAGAAGGUAGACCAAAAGACGAUAUCGACGCUACUACUGAACCAGUUUAACCAGUGCGAUGCCAAACCUAAGGUUAAGGACAGCCAGCACUCACGCAUUUGCAGCCGCCUGAAAGAUAUUGCCAUUGGAAAAUCUACAAAGGGUUAUCAAAACUAUAUCAGAAAGGUGCCUAUUGAUCAGCGUACUAGUGAAGAUCCUCAAACACCUAAUCUCCGCGAAAACGUAUCUGCUGCCAGGUUUCAAGUCAUAUAUCGCAAAUGGCGCACAGCGUUACACAUGUAUGACAAUGUUUAACACACCAUAAUUUUUACACCUA